AUGGACAAACGCAUCGAGUUGGAGCUGAGAGGUCGCGAGCGAUCCGAGGUCACAGAACUGAACCUGGAUAACUGCCGGACGACAACAAUUAUUGGCCUAACGGAUGAGUUCAAAAAAUUGCAGAACCUCUCGAUGAUUAACGUUGGAUUGACUUCAUUGAAGGUAAAUCGGAAUGAGAUGUUUCAGCAGUGGCAAAUAACGAUUUAG